UGCAAUUGUUAUUCGCUGUCAGCCGGUCCGGUUAGACGCCCGGCCUCACUGCGUGCGUGUGCUUCGUGAGCGCAGAGCGCCCGAAGAUCGGGUCAGUCGUACGCUGUACGCUUAUACUACCUCGGCACUCAGCACGGCACGCCACACACUACCGACGCACCGCGCGCGCACUAUCCGACACCUACCCAAAAGUAGGGAGCUUCGCGCCGCGCUUCUUGCAGUCGGACCGAAGAUCUCCGCGCGGUAGUAAAUCGCAUUUCGUCCUACUGCGGGGGCACGUUUUCAGCACGCCGUUGCUGUGCUAGUGCCACUCUUCGCAUCGCAAAACAGGUGCACGCCGGCGUGAAAAAUAAUAUCAACUCUUAGUCUAGUUGUAAAGUGCGUGUGGAUCGGUGGUGGUUUGGUUUAUUUUCGGAAAGUUGUGUGACUCGUCAACGCGCGCGCGUGUUUUUUUUUUCUUUUACGAGAAACCCGCAAAAAACGCGCGGUGAAUGAAUUCGUGUUACCAAUAAAUAAAAGGGACAUGUGUUCGCGGAGAAUGUGCUCAGUGGAGGCGGCCUUGUUGCUGUGCAAUUGUUUAAGGAUUAAAUAAUGUUCUGUGAUUAGUGUGAUACGAAUUUGUUACGAAAUAAUGCGUUUAUCGAUGGUGACUUUCUAAUUGUUUAUAUUUUCUCAACAAAUCAUUCGUACAUCUUCUAUUGUUUAUACAUAUACGAGGGAAACAUUUUCGAACAUUGACGCAUUGAGGCAUUUGACGUCCUGGGAGGCGGCAAAAGGGACAGCAUCUUGCAUUUCGUCCCCGCGGUGUUCCGACAACGGCUUAACCAUUGGUGUAGAGAUUGCACCUUCGUUGUGCCCAAUGGGGGGCGACACCUCCCCGGAGCAGCAGUAUUCGCUGCGAUGGAACGAUUUCCACUCGUCCAUCUUAUCCUCGUUUCGCCACCUGCGGGACGAGGAGGACUUCGUCGACGUGACGCUUGCAUGCGACGGCUGUUCAUUCACCGCGCAUAAGGUUGUACUCUCUGCCUGCAGUCCGUAUUUCCGGCGGCUGCUGAAAGCCAAUCCGUGCCAGCAUCCCAUCGUAAUACUACGCGAUGUCCAGCAAAAGGACAUGGAGAGUUUGCUGCGGUUUAUGUAUAAUGGGGAAGUACACAUUGGGCAAGAGCAACUCACAGACUUUUUAAAGACGGCGCAAAUGCUGCAAGUGCGAGGGCUGGCAGACGUUGGCGCCGGAGGCACGCCAGGCCAAAAGUUAACCGCCGCCGAACAAAAAAUAUCAGCUAACACGACGACAUCCUUGCCAUGGGGUAACGAUCGGGACCUUAUCAGGGAGCGAGAAACCACAGGUUUGUCGCCACCACCAGCGAAGCGAUCGCGAGGCGGUGAUCGUGAUCAACACAACAAUCGUUCCUACUCCUCGGAGCGGGCGCGCAGUCCGUCCAGGCGCACCGGCAACGGCCACAAUGACGAAGACAUGCCGGAGUCCCUCCUGGGACAAGCACUUGAAGGCGGUCCAACAUUACACACCACCAAUGAGCGCAACAAGGGCAAUUCGGAUUCGUCCCUGCAGGCGCAAUCGACUGGCGAAGAUAGCAAUAGUAGCGAUACGGCGAUGAGCGACCACGAGCGCGACGAACGGGACGAGCGCGUCACCCCAAAGACUGAACCCUCCGACUAUCGCGACAUGAUGGACGACCAUAAUCCUUACGGCACCAACGGGGGACUUAUGGAUCAGCGGACGCCGACGUUUCCCGGCGCCUUGUUAGGCCUGCAAGGACUGCCGGGAUUACUGCCUGGACCUUCCGGUAUGCACAAUAGUCCAGAUAGUUUCGUAUCAAGACGCUCCUUGGACAUGAUGCGAGUGCGAGCGACGGAUCCUCGUCCUUGUCCGAAAUGCGGCAAAAUCUAUCGUUCGGCGCACACCCUUCGUACACACUUAGAAGAUAAACACACGAUAUGUCCGGGUUAUCGCUGCGUGCUGUGCGGAACGGUGGCAAAAUCGCGCAACUCCCUUCACUCGCACAUGUCGCGCCAACACCGCGGCAUUAGCACGAAGGAUUUGCCCGUUCUACCUAUGCCAGCACCCUUUGAUCCUGACCUCGCCAGCAGAUUGUUGGCAAAAGCCGGAGUAAAAAUAACACCUGCCGAAUUGAGGGCUCGCGCUUCUCCCACAGGUCCUCGUCGCUCUGACGUCAAGUUGGACGCGAAGACUAUGUACGCCAAUUCGGAAGCGGGCAGUUCGAUAUGUGGUGAUAAUGAUCCUGAGGAUCUUACAACAUCGUCGCAAUCACAUCACAAUCGCUACGGUUUUGACAUGGCUAUGUCUCCGCCAUUGAUUCACUCCAAUCACUCCAAGCACAAGAUGUACUCAGGUCAAGCAAUCGCGGCAAAGAGCAUGGACUCUUUAGCGCACAAUUUAUCCAAAGAACCUUACCCUGCGCCGUUAGCACCACCCGCACCCGGAGGGAACACAACAGGGUCAGCUAUCUUGGACACCUACUUACAGUUCAUCACUGAAAAUAGCAGCAUGAUGGGCAUGAUGUCCGAACAAGCAGCUGCAGCUGUCCACGCUGCCAAACUGGCGCAAUUAAACGCCAUGGGCUUGGACAAAGCGUCGCAGCAACACUUCCUCGAAAAGAUGCAACAACAAAUUGGUGCCGCCAGUGAUUACAUGUUAAAACGACAACAGGAUGAGAUCCGACGGGGUGAUGGCGAUGUCAUUCACGACGAGAAUAAAAAUGACCGAGAAUUAAACCGCGAGAAGGAUCGGGAUCAUCGUCGUGAUCAUGAACAACGCGAUCGUGAACGCGAAAAUGAAGAAGGAGAAUCUUCCGGUGGAGAGGAUGAGUAUAGUGAAGAGGAAGCUGAGCCGGAAGCCGUAAAAGUCAGCGAAUAGUUUGGUUGCUUGACGCCACAGUUGCUUGUUGCCACAGAAAUUGACAAAAAACGCGCGAAUGAUAAGUAGUUGACUAAGCGUAAGUGUUAUCUUAGCGUAAGAGCAAACAGUUGAACUUGCCAUUUAUAUGAUACGUCUAGUAUAACGAAUACUCAUUUAAUUCCAUCCAACUACCUCUAUACAGACAUACUCUAUACAAAAAAAUAUAUUUACACGAUAUUAAAAUACGAACAAAACGCGACCGAAGAAUUCAUGCCGUCGCGACUGUUAAUUUUAAUUCCAUCCGUCUACCUCAAAAGAACAAAUAGUUUAUGAUUCUAAUGCAAAAUGAUAAAAAUGCAAACAAUAAGGGUUCUGAUAGUAUACGGUAUUUAUAUAUUGAUAUGAAACAGUUUAAUACUAAAGAUAAAUCAUACAGUUGACACAGGUUUUAACAAGGUUUUGCAAUGCUAACGCUAUACUGGAGUUAUUAAAUAACUUGAGUAAUGAUAUUUACUAGUAACGCAUUAGAUAACAAAAGCGACUGACGAUAUUUGACAUCAGAACGAAUUUGGUAGCGAAUUGUAACUGCCUAAUAUGUUUCACUCUUAAUAUAUAGGACAUGUGUGCCAGGAAACUAGAAUUUCGUUGAGUACAAUCGUAAAAUAAUAAUUCAACACUGAUUUAUUGAGGUGUUGUGUACUCCAAGCCGCACAUUCCAGUGAUUUGUUUGUUUUGACUUGUUCGCAUAGAUACAACCAACACGGGUUUUUAUUGACGGGUAUUUUAAUCGAAUCAAAUUAUUCGAAAUCAGGUAUUACACUAGUACAAACACAACAAAUAUAACAAAUCUUACAGAGUAAUAGACAUAGUGUUGUAAUAAAUUAUCAUAUUUUUCUACAUAUGUGUGUACCAGACAGACAUUCAAUAUCAAGUUCAACAUUCAACUUCAUUUUCUAAGUUGUUCAAGAAAAAUAUUGAAGACUACGAUAGAUGCUUCCUGUACUUACUACAAGCAGUAUGACGCUUCCAUGGACAAAUAUUAAGUAAGCAAUUAAAUAGUUAGGUGAACAAUAAUAAUACAAUCAAUACGAAUGGAAGCGAUAUCAGUUUCUCAGGUAUUACUUAAACGUUCAGUACAAAUGUGAUGCAUUUCAUUUUCAAGAUGUAAUUAUAUUAUGAUUAACUCUUCAAUUCAGGGAUUUUUGUUCUACGUUUAUUCACUAAGCACAACUGUUAUACAUAUCCGUGAUACAAAUUCAGGUAUUUUACAAUAUCCCCCCACACAGUCAUAUUACACAAUCAGAUGUUAUAGUUGUAGACGAAGAUAUUUUCUCUUCAAGCAAGGUACUUCCAAACAUUAACUAUAUGCUUCCGAAAGUUUGUUUCAAUUUCAAUAUCGACACAAAUCGUGAAAUAACCCAAGCAGCGUUGUUUAGCUCAUUCCAAUGUUUUGUUCAUUUACGAAUAUGGUCGAAACUAGAGCGUAUAAAUGAGUGCUAGUUUUGCUUUGUUUAGUGAUGUCUAUUGCGAAUCCAUUGUUGAAGUUGCGAAUGACCUAAAGUACAUGUGAACAUGUUAGGAUGCGUGAUACAGGUCACCAAAUAUUUAUGACUAGUGAAACUUUAUAAACAUAAAUAAAUAAUACAUAGUAAAUUCCAUAAUAAUUUAGAUUAGUCGACGUCAUUGUUAAUUAAUGAUUAAGCAUUUGCGGCGCACUGCGCUUUGGAAGAAGUUGAAAAAAAUUAAUAUGUAGAAGCAACGGACAGUCGGAUACUGAUAAAAUGCAAGUGCGCUAAUACGAUGAAGCAUCUGAGCGAUACGAUUGUUACAACACAGUAUACCAAUUUACAAGAAUACUAUUUUAGAAACUAAAUUUUAACCGUAGCGGACAGGCGAAUGGACAGAUAAUACAAAUAGAAGUAAUUAAGCAAAGUAAAACAUAAAUAUAUAUUUAGAGGCGCACCGAUUUUACACAAGAAGAAAACUAGUUACAAAUAAUGAUUAAAAAACUAUUAAAAACGAGUAUACUAAAAAUUACAAAUGGUAUACUAAUAUAUAUCGCUUUAAAAGUAAAACAAAUAGAAGUCCGUACUUAGUAAUUGGUAACCAAGAAAGCAAAGUACUAUAAUAAAUAGAUGCAAUAGUGUAGCUUCUUCAAUGAGUAGUUGAAUAAAAAGUGAACAGAGAAAGACGAUUUUACGGUGCAGUUUUUUUUGUAUAUAGAAACAUUGUUGUCAUUUGCGGUUACGAUUUGUGUUAUAGUUUGCGUUACAUUUUUGUUCUGGAAGUAAGAAAAGACUUGAUUCAUUUGUAUAUAAUCAACAACAGGCCAAACAUUUUGUCUACCUCGAUAAACGCUUCCUAACUUUAGAGAAUGCCGUUUAUAGCAUUUAAAAAUAAAACAAUCAGAUCUCCUAUAUUUUGUGGCGUUUCGCUUACAGCAAUUAUAUGUUAAAUAAUUAAACUUGAAACCGGUAUUAGGUUAAAACAUUUUUUAUAGGAAUAUGAUAUGUACUUAAUUAGUAGUUUACAAUUUUGCCCUAAUCAUAGCAUGUAUUUGUACAUAAAAUUGAUUCAUUUCGUAAUUUUAACUUAUUUUAGUGCGAUUUUAUUGGAUUGUAAGAAAUUUGCGUUGUUUGAAGUGCGAAUUGUUUCGAAAUUAAACAAUAUAACACAUUCUUGAGUGUGUGUGAUUGGAUUUCGAUCAGUUUGUGCACAAAGAACAUCUGAAAUGGCGAUUAAUAACGAGCUUAGACAUACUUAGGGAUGUUCGAAUUCAUCUUGUGGGUGCCAUAUUAUAAUAUUGUUUUCUAGUAGACAUUACGCAUAUACAUAUUUUUAUUUGAAUCGUUUUUUAUGUUUGCAAAACGUCAAUACGUUUACGUGCUGGAAGUUAUUUAUUACGAUACAAAAUAUAAUAGUAUUUUGUAAGAGAUAACCGGACUAAUGGUUCCUAAUUUAACAGUACGGUUCCUCAACAAUAUUUAUUUGCUGUGGAUUGCCCAACAAGACACAACAACUCUUCUGUAAAUAAUUAUUAAAAAAUGCCGCUUUGAAUGUUCGAUUAGAUGUUUGCACACAUACACAAGUAAAAAAAAACAACAAGUAAGCAACACACAGUAAGAUAAAUUUGAAGAAAGGGUAUAUUUGUAGAUUUAUAUACUGAUGAUGUAAUCGGCAAUGAGAGGAUUAUAUUAUAUACUAUUGUUGAGGAACUGGGUGCCUUCUGAAAUAAAAAUUCGAUUGAAAUAAAGAAAAUCGAAAAUCGGCUUCUUGGAGUGAAAAUGAUUGUGUUGGUUAUUCAAACUGCAAACGUCGACACAUGCGAGCAAUGUAUAUUUUAUUUAAAUCGCGAUUGAAACGGAAAUUUAUGCAAUAUAAACAGCAACAUAAAACUUCGAAGCCGAAAAACGCAGAGUUCCUAAACCUCUCACUACCCUUCUAGGAGAGUAAAAAAUUAUUAUUGCGACGUACGUAUAAUUAUAAAAGUGUUUUAUAUUAGAAGUAGGUGAAACAUUUGACGAGUUCAUACUAUGUGAAGGACCGCAAAUGUCGAUUUGAGAACUUGCGGUCGAGUUCAAGGGAUUAUAUGAACACGAUAUUUGGAAGGAUAAAUAAGGUGGAACCAUAAUAACAAUAUAAAGUAAGCGUACUUUGGAAGAGAUAAAGCAACACAAAUAUUAGUGUAAUGUGUAUAAAACUGAGUAGAGUAUUGCGAACCUGCAAUUCAUUUUGGUUAUAUAGGAAUAUCGUAAACGUGCAUUCGAAGAAAGAAAAUGAUAGUUUUGCAUUCGUUUGCAAUUUGUUGCAUUAAGUCGUUAUUGGUAAAUUUGUACUUAAAUAUUUAAGCUAUUUUUUACAUUUACUUAAUUAUUACUUUGUUUGUAUUAUAUAACUUUCACACUCAUUUAUAAAUGUGUUUAGUUUUAAAUGAUAUAGCCCUUAAUAAUUUUAUGUUCCUAAUUAUGUGUUGAGAAUAUGUUGAUUAGGAUGUCUCUUUGUUCAAAAUUAUAAUUCGGUCCGCGGAUUGAUUAAAGUAAAUUAUAAACUUGCAUAUAUAUUAUUGCCUGAUUAUUGUAACGUUUAAGUUAAAACAAUGUUAGUGGUAGGUGCAAUAAGAAGAAAACCGUUAUUGAUAAGUAUGUUAAUUGAACAAAAAUGAAUGAAGAACAAAUAAAACAACCUUUUUGCCAUA